AGUAGAGAUUAUGAGCAUGAAGUACAAAAAUUCGUAGGAAUAUUAGAAAAUGUAAAAAAUAUGUUAAAGCAGACCCCAAGAGAAGAAGGCCAUUUAAAAAAACUUCAAAGCUUUGGAACUGGCAAAAGUUUGAGACAACAAGUCUCGACCACAAUUGACAAUAUGUAUUCUCUCGUAGAGUUGAAUGUUCUGCAAAUUGAUGCAAUAGGUUGGCGGGAGGAUGCAAAUGCAAAUAUUAAUUCGCUGAAACGUGAAGUUAAAAAACGUACAAAAGAAACUUCGGGCUAUGAAAAGCAAAUGUGGGAGAGAGUUGAAACGGAAUUACAUUAUAUAAAAGUGGAAGAGCUAGGUUUUGACCAUCCGUUGUGUUCCGGCAUCCUUGAUAUCAGAUCGGAGCCUUUUACAAAAAUGCCUACAUCACUUUGCAAUAUAUUCCAAGAACCGUUUCAAAUGUAUAAGUUAAAACAAAACAGUACAAUUUUCAAUAUGUGCAAGAAAUUUGUUAAGAAUGAAGAGGGGAGAAUCGGCUCUAAAGGAUACAAUAUCGUGAAGAAUGUCGAAGGUAGAAUUUGGAGAUCUCCGAAAUAUAAAUCAUUCACAAAAAACAAGAAACCACAGAUAAACGAGGGUACUUAUGUAUGUGAAGUAAUUGCUCCGCUGAUAAAUAUUGUGAUGAAUGAUUUACCGAGGGAUCCGUCAGCAUGGGGUAUAUGGGGUGAACAAGGAAGUUUAGCUAGUGCGACUAGGAAAGGUUCGCGAAAAAUUGCACGAAGACCAGACUAUAUGUUACUAACCUAUUUAGGAAAAAAUGCAGAACUUGAAAUAUCUUACUUAGAAACUGGUCGGCCAGAUUCAACUCUAAUUAAGCGGGCACAAGAUCAUAAAAAGUUGGCUCGAUUUUCUAAAGAUUCUGUUGACACUACAAGGAGUGUUUCUAGUCUUCAAAGAAUAUUCAACAAAUCAAUUACGAGACAGCAACUGGCAAUCUUUACGGUUAAUGUUGCGGGAGAUGUGCUAGAAAUCUAUGCUAUGCGUAAGAAAACGGGUAUCUUCAAGUAUUGUAUACUAGAUCAAGCUCCGAUUCCUUUGCAUAUAGCAACUCCUAACGAUGUCUACAGACUUAUUCAUACAUUGCUAACUUUAAGGACUGCAGUUGCGUGCACGUUAUAUAAGAUCCUUAAUAAGUCUGAAGAAGGAGAUAGCGAUUUUAGUGCUGAAGAAAGUCCAAAAACU